AUGUCAGACAGACAGACCCGACAGCGCUCCCAGCUCUCUAGAGAGGAGGGCCGCGAGCUCAAACUCCUGCACUUCAUCCUCAACCAACCAAACAUUGACUCCGUCCGCGGCAAUCCGCAAGCCGUCCUCGACUUGAUCGACGAGUUCUCGCAAACCUACGCCUUCAUGACCGUCGGGCCCGAGAAAGGCCCUAUCGUCACCGACCUCAUCAACGAGCGCAAACCACACACCAUGAUCGAACUCGGUUGCUACGUCGGCUACUCCGCCAUCCUGUACGGUGACGCCGUCCGCCGCAACGGCGGCUCACGCUACUACAGUCUCGAGCUUAAUGCUGAGUUCGCGAAUAUCGCGAACAAACUUGUUGAACUUGCAGGGUUGAAUGGGUUCGUGCAGAUCCUUGUUGGCCGGAGUGAUGUGCUCCUGCAUCAGCUGUUUGACACCGGUGAGGUAAAGCAGAUCGAGCUGCUGUUCAUCGACCACUACAAGCCGGCAUACACGCUAGACUUGAAACUGUGCGAGCAGCUCGGGCUGAUUGUGCCCGGGGUGUCAGUAAUUGCCGCAGAUAAUGUGAUUCACCCUGGGAACCCGCCGUAUCUGGAGUAUGUGAGGGCUUCGGUGGAGAAGAAGCGGGCAGAGGCAGAGAAGGGGCCGGUGACGAGUUAUACGACCGAGGGGUUCUCGGAGAGGACGAGCGAGGCGUAUAUGGGGAACGAGAAUGCGCCGAAGUUUGAGAUUCUCGGCAACCCGAAUCUGGUGUAUGAGAGCGUGUUGAGACAGCCGGAAGGGUAUCACGAUGCGAUUGAGGUGACGCGGUGUGUUGGUUGA